GCGCCGGGCAGUGCCGAGCGGGGCGCGGCAGCAGUGGCGGCAGCAGCAGCACGGCGCGGGCCGGCCCGGCCCCUCCCUACCCGCUGGCAGCACCGCGCCCCGGCCGUCCCGCCCGGCUCCCCCAUGGCCGCGGCUCCCUGGGAAGCACCUCGCGCCGCCGCCCUCCCGGUGCCGGAGCCGCGUUGCCGGGCGGCGGCCGCCUCCCCGCGGCGCUGCUAGCGCCCCGCGUCCCGCUCACCUUCAUCGCCGGUAAAGCACCGAGGAAAGGCGCUCCCGCGGCACCAACCCGGCGGCGCUGCGCCGGCUCUCCGCGACUGGACGGCGCGUCCGUGCCAUCUCUCCUCUCUCUCCUCGGCGGCGCUCGGGACGACGGCGGCGGCCGCAGCUCGGCGUGACGCCCCGGCGCGGAUGCGGCAGCCCCCCGGCGAGUGCGAGAUGGCGCUCAGCGGCACACUCCUCCCCUCCAUCGCCACAUUCGCGACGGGCGCCGCGGGUCGCGAGAAAGCGGCGCGGCCCGCGGGCCCCGGCAACCGGUGGCGGGUGGAGCUGUCGCAGCUGAAGCGGACGCCGCCGGCGCUGGCGGCGCGACCCGUGGAGACUCCGCCGUCGGAACUGGAGGCCGCCGCCGCCCUGGGGUCCCGCCGCGACGCUGAGGAGUUCAACGAGCUGCUGGACUUCGAUUUCAUUCUCUCCAACUCCCUCAUGCACCAGGAGCCCACCACCGCCGCCGUGGUGGUGACUCCCGCUGCCGCACCGGCCCCCACCGCCAGCCCCUGUCCCGCCGGGCCCUUCUCCUAUCCGCUGCCCCGGCCCGAGCCCGCCGGUCUCCUCUACGGCGGCGGCGGCCGCGACGGGGCUCCUGCUGCCGGCCCGGCUGCCCCAUUCAACCUGGCUGACAUCACCGACGUGUCCCCCUCGGGAGGCUUCGUGGCUGAGCUCAUGCGGCCCGACCUGGACCCGGUGUACCUUCCGGCGCCGGCUGCGCUGCCGCCCCUGGGCAGCCUGCAGGGAAAGUUCGUGGUGAAGGCCGUGGGUGAAUACAGCCACCCGGGGCUCAGCCCCAAGAGCGGCCCCCCGGCUGCUGCGCCGCCGCCUGGCACUGAGGGUCCUGGGACCUCCUAUAGCCCACUGCCACGGAUGUGCCCCAAAAUCAAGCAGGAGGCUGCCCCACCGUGCACCCUGGCCCCACCGCAGCCACCACCACCGCAUGGGAGUGGCCCCCGAGGAGCACCCCAGCAUGACUUCUCCCUGGGCCGCCCACUGCCUGCCCGGACUACACCUUCACUGGGGCCUGAGGAGAUGCUGAGCGGCAGAGACUGUCUCCCCAAUGCUUCAGGGCUGAGCCACCCACCACUGCCACUGCCCCCAGGUUACCCCCCGGCCCCCGGUUACCCCACCUUCCUGCCUGAGCAGCUGCCGCCUGGCACACUGCAGUACCAAGAGCUGAUGCCACCUGGGGGCUGCCUGCCAGAGGAGACCAAGCCCAAGAGGGGACGCCGGUCAUGGCCUAGGAAAAGGACGGCCACACACACCUGUGACUAUGCGGGCUGUGGCAAAACCUACACCAAGAGUUCUCAUCUCAAGGCGCACCUGAGAACCCACACAGGUGAGAAACCUUAUCACUGUGAUUGGGAAGGCUGCGGAUGGAAGUUUGCUCGAUCUGAUGAACUUACUCGUCACUACAGAAAACACACAGGUCACCGCCCUUUCCAGUGCCAGCGGUGUGACAGAGCAUUUUCCAGGUCGGACCACCUCGCCUUACACAUGAAGAGACACUUUUAAUUGGAUGCAGUGGAUCAUUCCCGAACGGCCAGAGAGAUUCAGUAUUUACAGCACAAGGACUGUCUUCCACAACACAGGGAGAACACAGUUUAAGCACUACAGAUAAUCAAGGUGAAGUCUUCUAAAGAGUGGAAAAGAGGGAUAAUUGCAUACAAACACCGCAACUGUUUUGUUUUUUUUUUUUAAUAUAUAUGCAUUUAAAAGUAAAGAGAACCAAAAACAUUGGGGUCAAUGACUGGAUCUUCUAUCAUUCCAUUUGUAAAUCCAACUUGAAUUAUUUCCGGACUACAAAAUGCCAAGGAGUGACUGGACGUCAUGGAUAUCAGGGUUAAACAGACUGUGUGUAGUUCGGAUGGUGGGGAUAUUAAACAGGGAAAUUACAUUCCCUUAAUUUUCUUUCAAUGCAAUAUUAGAUGUAAAUGUCAUCUUGUACUUUCCUUUUUUUUUCCUUCUAAAAGCCAUUAUGAUGUUAAAAGAGGAGGAAAAAUUCAGGUACAAAUUAUAUUUUGAAAGCCUAUUUCAUGGUGCUUAGUGACUGUUGUUUCUAGAGGUACCAAAAACAGGAAGCCAAAGUUCUCAAACUGCUGCAUAUCUGACAAGGAAAUAUUUUUCUCUUCCGAUCACAGAUUGACCUAAAUCAGGUAAAUAAACCUGGUUUAUCUUUUUUUUUUAAAGAAAAUAAGUUUAUGCAGACAGUCUGUAAUGCACUGUGGUUUCGAUGUGCAAUAGUUUGUACAAUGGUUUAUUCCCAAAUAUGCCUUAAGCAGAACAAAUGUUUUCUAUAUAGUUCUUUACAUAAUAAAUAUGUAAUAUAAAUUUAAGCAAACUUCUAUUUUGUAUAUUUGUAAACUACGAAGUAAAAAGGAACAUUUUGUUGGAAUUUGUAUUUUGCAUAUUCAAGUGGGAAGUAAGUUUUAAAUAAACCUAUAAUAUUUUAUCUGAA